AUUAAUGUUUUACUAAAACAGACACCCCCAUUUUUGAAAAGAUUAUUUUAUUUUAAGAUGAUUAGAACAACUUUCUAACAUUUACUGACUCAUGUCGAUGACCACCUAGUCAGUAGAGGGCGCUACUGUGAGUGAAUGAACAAACGAGGAAACGUCUAUAGUCUCUGCCCGCGCAUGCGCAGUUAAUAAUAAACCGCUGCCAGCAGAGCCAGGCACAACGUAUUAACGUGUCUGUUCCUCAUCAUUCACAGAUCCACAGCGCAUCCUGCCUGUGCAUCGCUUGUGCCGGCCCAGAUUUCCCCUAGGUUUGAGGCCGGUAACAAUUGGGGGCUCGUCCGGGAUCUCCAGCGCCACCUAGUGGAGAGAGUGGGAACUGCUACAGAGAAGACCUGUGUCCAAAACUUCAGGAAGGCUGCAGUGCUGUGCGUCAUCCAGAGAGUAGAGGCUACAGAGGUUAAAGAUGGCUACCACAACCCCUCGAAGGAUGCUGGUUUUCAAAAUCCGAAAGAGACUGCUUGCAUUGAGUAUCAGUCAACUACAGGUCAUCGCCAGUGCAAUUGAUGACGGAUCGGGGCCGGAUGCUGAGGGCCUUAUGGCACUGAGUGAACCAGAACUGUUUGAUUUAAUUGACGAUUUCUUAAGAAGCGAGAAGCUAAGCGGCAUGGAAGAUGAAGGCAUGUCUCAGAUUCUUCACCUUGACGACAUGCUCGAUCACCUGUUACAAGACACGAAUGAAGAAGAUACAGUCGGGGGAGCGAAAGAAGUCAGUGAGGCUGCACCUCCCCAGCAGGAGGAUACAGACACUCGUCGACGGAUCAGUUCGACUACUGCAUCCAUGGGCUGCCACCUGCUGUCAUCACCUGAAGAAAGAGACUUUCCCAGCCUUCGACCGACCACAGCCAGAGACAAUAAUGGACCUCUCAGGAACCUUUCCACCACAUCGCCAGCUAAGUCCACCACCAACAGCGGAUGUGCCGCCCUUCCUGGCCGGGCCAGCCUGUCUUCCAGUGUUGGUGAGCAGGUUGUAAAACUCACUGAUGUAGCUGCUCUGUUUCCACGUAGAGAGUUCAAGAUUCAUGGUGGUCAGAUUUCUGACACCGGGUCUGAAGUGUCAUACAGCAGCCUUUGUAAACAGAUGGAUCAAGGUUUACUGGAAGGGUUUAGUGAGACAGAAGUUAUUACUGUGUUUAAGAUAACUAAACCUGAAUGCGUUCAGGGAGAUGUUGACUAG